GCCUCAUCAUGAGCAGCCCAGCUGCUCCUUUUUGGACUGCCAAUGGCGCGCCACGCCAGCGAGAUUUCCGAGCUUCACGUAAGAUCAUUGCCCAAGGAGCAGCCCUGGAUAGCAACGCGCUGGUUGCAACGCGUGGCUCAGGCUGGAGAUGCCGAUGCCUUGGCGCAUUGUUUGAGCCAGAUGCGGGAAGGUGAUUUACAGGUGAACUGCAUUCAUUAUGGUGUCCUCUUGCGUGUGGAGCACUGGGAAGCUUCUCUGCAGACAUUGGGUGCCAUGCGGCACAAACACCUCGAUCCAGAUUCCGUCAACCGUGGCAUCGUCAUGCAUGCAAUGCGGAAUGAGGGCUGGGAAAGCGGGUUGUCUCUUCUAGAUGGAGGUCUCUCCGGCAACAUGCAGCCCUUGCCUCCUGCCCUUGGGACCACUCCUUGAAGCUCUUUGAUGAAAUGGCUGAAGGCAGGUUGGCAUCAGAUACCAUCAGUCACAACACGCUGAUCAAGGCUUUGGAAGACAGGAGUUCGCGGACUUGUUCAGCUGGAAUUCGGGCAUUGUCGUGUCCAAUGAAUGGAUCAGGUCACCUAUGGUGCAGUCCUUGCUUGCAUGGCCAAACGCUUUGUUGCUACUUGACCGCUCUGCUUCUUCGCUUUGCUACAAUUGUGCAGUCGUGACGGCGAAUGGGAGAUGGCCCUUCUUUUGUUAGCAGGAGCUUCACAACGAAGGAUUCGUUUGGACAUAAUCAGCUUCACUGGUGCCAUCAGUGCCUGUGACCCCCCCCAGCAGCUGGCAUUCUUCGCUCGCUAUUCUUUCUUUAUUCAGGACAGCAGCCGUUCCUGCUGAUGAAACGUUGUUAACUGCAGCAUUAACUGCAUGCAGGGAGCAUUGGCAUCAGACGCUGUACUUAUUCUGCUCACAGGACUUGAAUUCAACGCCCACACAAGUGACCUAUGGGGCAUUGCUGUGUGCUUUGGACCGUUCGAAACAGUGGCAACGUUCUCUCACCAUGCUCCGACGCAUGGCCAUUGAGCGGAUUGCAGCCGACCAUGGCAUUCAUGCCGUGGCAUGGAAACUGGCUCUUCGAGGGCUUGAUGCCUCAGCAGUGGAUGCCUGGGAGCUAGCAUUGUCUACUGCAGACAGCCCAGAAGUCGCAUUCAAGAUCGUGAGAUGGCAGUUGGCGUUUCUUAUUUUGAAAGCUCGAGUAUGGCCUCAGGGAGACAGCGAAGGCUUCCUUGGGAUCAAGCGCUAGAUGUCUUGAAGGUUGCUCAAACCACCGGAGGGGACGAUGGGGCCACUUCCUCUUGCGUUCUGGCCUCAAGUGCUUGGGAGCAUGCCUUGCUUCUCUUGAAGGUGUGCCCAUGGAAGGUCGAGUUCAACAUGAUGCUCAGUGCCUCCGAGAAGGCCCAUCGGCAUUUGUCCGUCCAACUCUGGAAGGACAUGUUGGACACAUCCCUGCAGCCGGACGAAAUCAGUCACAAUGCCGUCAUCAGUGCAGUGGAGAAAUGUGCGCUGUGGCAAUCUGCCUUGAAUCUUCUCAACAGCAUGUACCAGGUGCAGCCUACAGUGAUCAGCUAUGCUGCCACAGCACGUGCACUGGCAAGAGUGCAACGCUGGAAAGAGGUUCUGCACCUUCUCAACGAAGUGGCCAAGAAUUGGAUUGAAGCUGACAGCUUUGUGUUCAAUGCAGCCAUCAGUGCUUGUGAGUGCCACUGGCACUUGGCACUUCACUUCCUCAGAGAGAUGUGGCUCCAACAGAUUCAAACCUCUGAGAUCAGUUUUGUGGCGGCCCUCACCUCAUGCCAAAGAGCUCAAAGGUGGCAAGAAGCUUUGAAUUGCUUGGGGGUCAUGGCCGGUCAUGGCGUUGCAUGCUUUGCAACCGACGUCCAUUUCCUUGAGUUUGGUGAUUCAGAUUGUUGGCAACAAAGUGGCCUUGCUCGGCCAGCUGCUCCAGAGGACAAGCAGACAAGGUCUUGAAGCUCUUGGGAAGGUUGCUCUUUGCUGAGGAGUUCUACCGACACGGAUAACUGACGUCAUUUGCACAACCAGCCUUUAGUUGGACAAAGGGGAGAUCGGCAACACAUCCACGAUCUACUUGAUCCUGUUCUGCCUGAGCAAAAGCUUGGCUUGGGCAACAGAAGGCGCGACAGGACUUUGUGCUGGAGGUUGAGGAAAUUAUUGGAAAUCAUGAUUUUCCACGCGUUGGGCGCAAAUUGGAAUCCAG